GAAUAACCUUGCUCAAUGCUCAUGAUAGACACCGUUUACUACCUGUCUCACAUCAGGCGAAUUGUAUGAAAAACACUUGUCGUAGUAGAUUUAUCAGGAUGAAGAUUGAUAUUCAUAAUCACAUUUUACCCAAGGAAUGGCCCAAUCUGAAAGAGAGAUAUGGAUAUGAUGGAUUUAUCCAGCUUCACCAUCACUGCAAGGGGGAAGCAAAAAUGAUGAAAGAUGGGAAGUUGUUCCGUGUGAUCCAGGAGAACUGUUGGGAUGCAGACGCAAGGAUUCGGGACAUGGAUGCACACGGGGUGACGGUCCAAGCCUUGUCCACAGUGCCUGUCAUGUUUAACUACUGGGCCAAACCUCAUGACACCCUGGACCUGUGUGGGAUCCUGAAUGACGACCUGGCUAAGACAGUGGCGCUCCACCCCCGACGCUUCGUGGGGCUGGGUACCCUGCCCAUGCAGGCUCCUGAUCUGGCUGUGCUGGAGAUGAAGCGUUGUGUUAGGGAGCUGGGCUUCCCUGGUGUCCAGAUCGGCUCCCAUAUUAACACCUGGGAUCUUAACGCCCCCGAACUCUACCCAAUCUAUGCCGCUGCUGAGGAAAUGAACUGUUCCUUGUUUGUACACCCAUGGGACAUGCAGAUCGAUGGGAGGAUGGCCAAGUACUGGCUCCCCUGGUUAGUGGGUAUGCCAUCCGAGACUACCAUGGCCAUUUGCUCAAUGAUCUUCGGAGGUGUCUUUGAGAGAUUUCCCAAGUUGAAGGUCUGCUUUGCUCAUGGAGGGGGUUCUUUCCCGUUCACUAUUGGCCGAAUUGAACAUGGGUUCCAGGUCCGACCUGACCUCUGUGCUGUGGAUAACAAAGUCAACCCACGGAAAUACCUGGGCUCCUUCUACACUGACUCCUUAGUGCAUGACCCCAUCGCCCUCAAGCUACUUAUUGAUGUGAUUGGAAAGGAUAAGGUGAUGUUAGGAACAGACUAUCCAUUCCCACUGGGUGAGCUGCAGCCAGGAGCAUUAAUAGAGUCCAUGAAGGAGUUUGAUGGUGGUUUAAAGGACAAACUGCUUGCAGGCAAUGCACUGGACUUUUUGGGGAUUAAAAGAGAAAAAUUUCAGUGAUUUACAGCACGAAGAUAUUGUCAAAACAAAAAUGGAAAACAAUGUUUGACUUUCAAAUUACUCUUGAGUAUUGGCAGGACCAUAAAACAAAUACAACCUAUUGCGUGACCAAAAUGUAAAUAUUUAAAUAUGAAGAUAUUUUUCAUCCAUUUAGCUAAUUUAUCAUGAUUUUUGUUUACACUGUUGGAAGUCAUCUGUGGUCAACACUCUUUUUGCUGUUUAUGACUAAAUAAAAUUGAAUGUUAAUUUCAAACAGCUUCAAAUAUUCAGUCAAUUAAGUUCAUUCAAAUUCAAACAAACAGCUGUACCAAUCCAGCAGGUGAGAGAGGAUUUUGACUAGAUGGGAUGCAGCUUUUGUCAGAUCAGUCUUUUCAUAGCAGGUUAGGAGAAUUUACGCAGCAGGUUAGGAUAAUUAAAAUAGUAGGUUAGGAGAAUUGGGCUAAGGUUAGGAAAAGGGUUAGGGUUAGCUAAAAACGUUUGAGGUUAAUUUGACAAAAACUGUAUCCCUUCUAGCCAUGACCCUUAGAGAGCGGUGAGAAACUGAAUGACCGAAUGAACCGUCAUUGCUGGGCCUCCAAUCUGUACAGAUUCCACAGCCACAAAGUCAAAAUUGGCUAUUUGGUCUUAAUAAAAAGGAAAAUUCCACCCAAAAACAAUAUUUUGGUAUUUGUUUCAUUAGUCCAUUGUUGACAGUCUAAAAUAUUUUGCUUGUCAGUAAUCAAGUUUUCAAGAUAUGUGUCUUGACAGUCUGUGACUCGAGUGGUUGGAGUCUUUGACAAUUUUUUUUAGAAAAGGGGUGUUCUUAAUUAAUGAGACAAUCAGUAGAAGAAACAAUAUCCAAAGGUUCCUCCCCCCUUUUUAGGUAAAAAGCUGAGGGAUGGGGCUGGAGAAAUGUAACCGCUCUUUAUAGACAUAGCUAUGGAUGUAAGGACUGACCAUCCAGAAUAUCAAAAUUAUAGUUUUAACCAUGUUUUGAGGCUAUACAGUGUCUUUACAUGUGCAUUGUUUACAAACAUUAGAGGAAAACAAGUUUAUAUUUUGAGUUAUCAUGUGGUAAGACAGCUCAUGAGGUAUUUAUAAGUUAAAUUCUUCAAUAAACAAGGGGUAUGUAUCAUUCAUUUAUAAGUCCAAAAAGGGAUGUAGCAUCUAAGGAUUCUAGCUUUAAAGCCGCAAUAUGUAACUUUUUGGGCGACCCGACCAAAUUCACAUAGAACUAUGAGUUAUAGAUCUAUCAGUCUCAUUGAAAGCAAGUCUAGGAAGCUGUAGAUCGGUUAUGUGCACUAUUUUUUUUGCUUCCAGUUCUUACAUUUUUUGUUGUUGCAUCUUUUACUUUCGUUUUGUACACCAGCUUCAAACAGCUGAUAAUGCAAUAUUUGUGUUUCUGGAAAAUAUUUUUUCACAGCGGUUUAGAUGGCACAAUGAUUCUCUACACUAGCUUGUUUUGUCACAUAAACUGAAAACAGGCAAACUAUAACUGUGUUCGAAUACUCAUACUAACCGCACUAUUAGUGACGUGAAAUAAGUAUAUAGUAUGCUUUUUGGUCAUAGUAUGGAUAUUAGUAAGUAUGCCAAGUUAGUAUGCCAAAGGUUCCCGGAUGACGAACUAAAUUCGCCAAAAUACGAAGUAUUCAUUCAGUGGACACUAUUUCCGUGCUUUUAGGGCCCAUAAUGCAAUUCUUCAGAAAAUGGGAGUGGCUUCACAACGUUUUCAGAUUUGAAGAAAAUGGCGGAAUAUAUGCAGGCGAAGUCCGAUGAGAGCGGAUACAAAUUCCUUGCUUUAAUUAAUUAUUACAAAUGUUAACAAAAUGUUGAUUACUGUAAUAAAGUAAUGACUUUUCAAAUAA